GGGGGAGCGGGCAGGUUCCUUCUGCCUUCCGCGAGCAGCUGUCUCGGCCGGAUAGGCUCGCGGAGCGAAUGGGGCGGCUGCGCUGAGAUGGGGUCGGCGGCUGCGUGGGUGGAUGGGAGUGGGGGGAAAGGCGGGCUGGGCUGAGGGGUAAAGCCAGCCAGAGAGAGAGAGAGAGAGAGAGAGAGGGAGACCCCGCUUCAGCUUGCAGGCGAUGCUCCUCACUUGCUGCCUUGGCCGUCUCCUCCUCCCCGAGGCUUGGAAGCUUUUGUUCUUCUCUCCACUUUGGGGCAGAGGCGAAGUGCCGCAGCCGCCGACACCUUUGUCGUCCGCCAGGAAAGUUCCCGGAGGCAGCCCUCGACUCGUGCGUCCGCCUGCCCAGGACCGGGGCUUGUUAUUGUUGUUUUGAGACCAAAGCACUGCCAUGAAGGGUGAAGCUUUACUUUCCCCCUGCUGGAUCUGUAACUACGGUUUGGGGCAUGGCCAUGGAUCAUGACACCACCCUUUUAUGCUAAAAUGCCUUGAAGCCUCUUUAUCUCUCCCUUGCAUUCUGCUCUGUGGGAAGUGAUGUUUUUUUCUGCAAUGCUGACGUCUGCUCAUUCUGGGACAUUCAAUGCAACUUUUAUUGUCUAUGAAAAUAUGUACGCAAAUAUCACCACCCCAUCCUUCUUGGUUCGUAGUGGCACAACACAGCCACUGAAAUAUCACUUGGGUGCCAUGGUUAUCACUGAGGUAACUACUCUGACAACCAACACUACAACUGCCCAUCCAUUGCAAUCAGCCUCCAAGAGCUUAAGCCUGCCACUCCAGGUAAUUCUUUCUGCUGCCAUGAUAUUUAUACUCCUCGUUUCUUUCCUUGGCAACCUUGUCGUCUGCCUAAUGGUCUAUCAGAAGACUGCAAUGCGAUCGGCUAUUAACAUUCUCCUAGCUAGCCUGGCUUUUGCAGACAUGUUGCUUGCUGUGCUGAACAUGCCUUUUGCUCUGAUAACUGUCAUCACGACCCGGUGGGUUUUUGGGAAUAUCUUCUGCAGAGUCUCGGCCAUGUUUUUCUGGCUAUUUGUCAUCGAAGGGGUGGCCAUUCUGCUUAUCAUUAGCAUUGACAGGUUCCUUAUAAUAGUUCAGAGGCAGGAUAAGCUGAAUCCAUACCGUGCAAAGUUCCUCAUUGCUGUCUCAUGGGCUGCAGCCUUCGUAGUUGCUUUCCCGCUUUCUAUGGGAAACCCCAACCUGCUACCUUCCAGAGCACCUCAGUGUGUGUUUGGCUACACAACGAGCCCUGGCUACCGUGCCUAUGUGAUACUGGUGGUACUGAUUUCGUUUUUUAUCCCAUUCUUGGUGAUGUUGUAUUCUUUUAUGGGCAUCCUCAACACUGUACGGCACAACGCAGUUCGCAUCCACAGCCACCCAGAUAGCAUAUGCCUCAGCCAAGCUAGCAAACUUGGUCUCAUGAGCCUUCAGAGACCCUUUCAGAUGAACAUUGAUAUGAGCUUUAAAACUCGUGCCUUCACCACCAUAUUGAUUUUGUUCAUUGUCUUCAUAAUCUGCUUGGCGCCCUUCACCACCUACAGCCUUAUUGCCACAUUCAACAGCCACUUCGAUCAGAAGCACAACUUCUUUCAGAUAAGCGCUUGGCUCCUUUGGCUCUGCUACCUCAAGUCUGCCCUGAACCCAUUGAUUUACUACUGGAGGAUCAAGAAAUUUCAUGAUGCAUGCUUAGACUUGAUGCCGAAGUACUUCAAGUUUCUGCCACAGCUACCUGGUCACACCAGAAGACGUAUCCGGCCUAGCGCAGUAUAUGUGUGUGGGGAGCACCGGUCGGUUGUGUGAAACUUGCAGCAAAGGGACACUUGUUCUUUUUCUGAUGUACGUCCAUUUUGGUGGAUUGAAAUACAGUGGCUUCUUUAGCUGCCAUGUUUGUAACUUUAGUACGUAUUCCAGCUGCCAUGUGCAAUUUCAAGAGAGAGAGAUCAUAUUUGCUACUGGCGUAUAUGACUAAACGAAGAUAUUGGCUACAAACCCAAAAAGCUCCGUGUGCACAAAGGAAGAAUAAUGCAGACAGAGAUUUCUGUUUGCCACAGCUGCUUCCACUGCUGCAGUUUAGGUUCCUCCUUCAGCAGAUACAACAGCAGCAAUGAAAACCUCAAAGAAAACUCCUGCUAUGUGCAGUUUUCCCCCUUGCACACAUGUGUAGCUUUCUGUGGAUUGUGGCCACUUCCUACAGCUUUCUGCAGUGGAGAGGGAAACUUAUUUGAAUUAUUUCUCAAGUUUGAUGCUCAUGACUGCAGGUCCACUUAAUUGUAGAUGUUUUUAAUGCUGCUAUUUUAUGGUACAUUGGGCUGAACACUUACUUUUUUAAAAAAUAAAUGAUGUUACUGUUUUAUGCCAACAUAGGCCACAUAUCCACUAUAUAUUUACAGCAGUAUCAUACCACUUUAAACAGUCAUGGCUUCCUCCAAAUAAUCCUGGGAACUGUAGUUUGUUAGGGGUGCUGACAGUUGUUAAGAGAUCCCUAUUCCUUUCACAGAGUUACAAUUCCCACACCUCCCAGGGAAGAGGGGUUGAUUGUUAAACCACUCUGGAAAUUGUAUCUCUGUGAGGGAAAUAGGGAUCUCCUAACAACUCACAGCACCCUUAAUCAACAUUAAUCCCCAGGAUUCAUUGAAGGAAGGUAUGAUUCUUUAAAGGGAUGCAGGUGGCGCUGUGGAUUAAACCACAGAGCCUAGGGCUUGCCAAUCAGAAGAUCGGCGGUUCGAAUCCCUGUGACGGGGUGAGCUCCCGUUGCUCGGUCCCAGCUCCUGCCAACCUAGCAGUUCGAAAGCACGUCAAAGUGCAAGUAGAUAAAUAGGUACCACUCCGGCGGGAAGGUAAAUGGCGUUUCCGUGUGCUGCUCUGGUUCGCCAGAAGCGGCUUUGUCAUGCUGGCCACAUGACCUGGAAGCUGUAUGCCGGCUCCCUCGGCCAACAACGCGAGAUGAGCGCCACAAGCCCAGAGUCGGUCAUAACUGGACCUAAUGGUCAUGGGUCCUUUACCUUUAAGACUCUCUAAAGUGGUUUGAUACUGCUUUAAAUGUAUAGUGCAGAUGGGACUAUAGCAGAGCCAAAAGGUGUCUAUUUAAUUUAACAUUUCCAAGAGUUGUAGUGAUAUUCAAAAUAGAUUCUACUUAUCUUCGUGCACUUUAAAAAGAACUGUAUAGGGGUGUUUUGUUUUUGUGUGUUUUCUUUCUUCCCGCAAGGGUUUAGUUUUUUCAUCCAACUUUUGUAGUGUUUCAGUAAACAAUCUUUUAAGAAACGUUGUUUUCAGAAGGAUAGAUCUGCAAACACUGAGUUUAUCUGGAUCUCAGAGGCUCAGUGCAUGUCGCUCUAAGUGAGGCUAUACAUAAACACAUUCAUUGCAGUCCAGCAGAAGUUAAACAUGCUUAGGUCUCAUUGAAACCAUAACAUUAAAAUCCACGGAUUUUAGUAGCUUAAGCACAUGGGAUUUUGUUUGGGGUCCUAUUGAUUUCAAUGGGAUAUACGCAUCUUUUACAUUUCUAUGAUUUUUACCUGUUCUGUGUCACAGGCUGAGCCCUGACCAAGAACAAUUGAUGCCGUAUUGCAUUUUUUAAAGUAUACAGAUUUCAGGAUCCAAAGAGCUACUUUAGGUAUAUACCCUUGGCAUGCCCAAUGGAAUCUCCCAUUAUUCCUUUGGAAUUCCAAGCCGCUAAAUCCAUGUCACAAAUUGUUUCUGAAACUGCCCUUACUUUCAAGACAGAUUUGUGGUGCAGUUGCUUGAGAAACAUUAGAACAACUCUCCUUUGUGCCUGUGGAACUAGUUGUAUGGUCUUUUGGAUCAAAAAGGAAACAAUACUAACUUUUACUCAUAAAGUGACCAGACCUCCACAAGGCAUAAAUAAAAACUGUUAAUAUAUUGGGAGCUAUUAUUAAUGCACUGAUUUCUUCUGAAUGAGAGGUUUUUUGGAGGAGGGAAUUCUUUUAAAAAGCUUUAGAUAGUGAGAGUAAGCAGGGGUUUCAUACUGCCACAGGCAUUAAUAAGUUAUCUUACUAUUAUCAACCAGAUUUAAUUCGUCUCCCUCUUUCUUCGGUCAAGCAAUUUUGUAGGGUUGCAUCAGUUACCAGCUUUACUUGUCUUUGUGUUAGCCCUGCAAACAUCAGUUCCUAUUUGAGAAAAUAUUAAAAAAAAUAAAGAAAAUUAUGUUAGGAAUUACUCGAGAAUACUUGCAUGCAAUCUGUUAAAUGAACUUAAGGAUGCCAAUAUAUUAAGUCUACAAUCAGUUCUACUGUAGUUUACAAGAGGGCUGGAUAUGUUUUUGCUGGGGUUCUUUUUAACCCAGUUGAUUUCUUCACUGGCAGCAAAUGACAUAACUGAAAACCACUAUUUGGUCAUAGGGUUGCAAGACUCAAUAGAGGACAGGACUUCUGUGCCUUUAAUUGCCCUGCUCUAUUUUGU